UUCCAUUCCAAAUCUAAUCCAAUCCCUCGACUCUAUUCUCUCAUUCUCUUUCUCAUCGCCACCGUGUUCCGCCGUCUAGGUUUCGCUUUCCGCCGAUUGUUUUUCAUCUAACCAAUUUACUUUGCAGACUCUUUUCACCACCGCACCGUAACCUUCCCUUCAAUCCUUCACUUCACAGAUAAUGGCAGAAAUUAAGGACGAAGGAUACGAGGAAGAGCUUCUCGACUACGAGGAGGAAGAAGACAAGGCCCUCGACUCUGCCGGAACAAAAGUCAACGGUGAAGCUACUAAGAAGGGCUAUGUUGGAAUCCACAGUUCAGGAUUCAGAGACUUUCUUCUCAAACCAGAGCUUCUUAGGGCUAUUGUGGACUCGGGAUUUGAGCAUCCUUCUGAAGUGCAACAUGAGUGCAUCCCUCAAGCAAUCCUUGGAAUGGAUGUAAUCUGCCAAGCUAAAUCUGGAAUGGGGAAGACUGCUGUCUUCGUUCUCUCGAGUUUGCAACAGAUUGAUCCCGUUCCAGGCCAAGUUUCUGCACUGGUUCUUUGUCAUACAAGAGAGUUAGCUUACCAGAUAUGCCACGAGUUUGAGAGGUUUAGCACCUACUUACCUGACCUCAAGGUUGCUGUCUUUUAUGGUGGGGUCAACAUCAAAGUUCACAAGGAUCUGUUGAGAAAUGAGUGCCCUCAUAUUGUUGUUGGAACGCCUGGAAGAAUACUUGCAUUGACUAGGGAUAAGGACCUUUCUUUGAAGAAUGUUAGGCAUUUCAUUUUAGAUGAAUGCGAUAAGAUGCUGGAAUCACUAGACAUGAGGAAAGAUGUUCAAGACAUUUUCAAGUUGACUCCCCAUGACAAGCAAGUUAUGAUGUUUUCUGCAACACUCAGCAAGGAAAUCCGUCCAAUCUGCAAGAAAUUUAUGCAAGAUCCUAUGGAAAUUUAUGUCGAUGAUGAGGCCAAGUUAACCCUUCAUGGACUUGUGCAGCACUACAUCAAACUGAAAGAGGAGGAGAAAAACCGGAAGUUGAAUGAUCUUCUUGAUGCACUAGACUUUAACCAAGUAGUUAUCUUUGUGAAAAGUGUGAGUAGAGCAGCUGAGCUGGACAAACUACUUGUGGAGUGCAACUUUCCAUCUAUAUGCAUUCAUUCUGGCAUGUCCCAGGAAGAAAGGUUAAAGCGUUAUAAAGGUUUCAAGGAGGGGCAUACAAGGAUUCUGGUGGCAACAGAUUUGGUUGGUAGGGGGAUUGACAUUGAGCGAGUCAAUAUCGUUAUAAAUUAUGACAUGCCUGAUUCUGCUGACACAUAUUUACACAGGGUUGGCCGAGCUGGAAGAUUUGGCACCAAAGGCCUUGCAAUCACAUUUGUUUCAUGUUCUGCUGACGUCGAUGUUCUAAACAAUGUCCAGUCAAGGUUUGAGGUGGAUAUAAAGCAGCUUCCUGAGCAGAUUGAUACCUCUACCUACAUGCCAUCGUAGAUGAUUUUGUUCCGGGACGAGGCUGUAACUGCCUGGAUGUAUGAGUAGGGUCUUCUGGAUUUUGUUACUGUUGAAGGUUGAUCUUUAUGAGAGUUUGCACUUUGCAGUAUGAUGGCUUAUGUACUUUUGGGGUUUUAUUUACUGGAUUUACUCCGGCUUAUGGAUACUAUGGUUGAGUUAAUUUUCUGGCAACAUUGAUGUUUGUGGUUGAAUUAGAUGAUUUAAUAGGUUGGAUCAUCAGGACUGUCAUAUCAACAAUGUGCAAUUUAAGGUUUAGUGGAAGUAAUUAGACAUGAUUUCAUAA